AUGAAUAUACAACUUGGUUAUGUUUUUCAUCAAACGAUAACAGCAACAUCUGAUACAAACAUUAGUUCUAAUGAUGGCACACAGUGUAAAAAUAAUAGUACUAAAAAAACGUAUAAUAGUCAUGUUCGACGAGAAAAAAAGCCACAUAUUAUUAUUGAUAUGGUUACACCAAAACUUUCUCAAUCAUCCAGUACACAACACGAACGUACUAUACUUGUUGAAGCAAGUUCAGCAAACUUUGGAAAUGAAUGUCUUCGAUUGGUUAAUAUUGUUUUUCAAACAAAUCGAAAAUUUCCAUCAAUAAUGGGCACACGCAACAGUAUAUGUCAAUAUUUAAGAAAAGAACUUUUCAAAAAAAUGUCCCAGUGA